AUAUUGAUAUCAAAAGGUACCAAACUUUUUGUGUUUUUGGUCUUGCAGGCACGGGAUGUGCGCACCAACGAAGUGGUGGCCAUCAAGAAAAUGUCUUACAGUGGGAAGCAAUCAAACGAGAAAUGGCAGGAUAUCAUUAAGGAAGUGAAGUUCCUCCAACGGAUUAAACAUCCAAACAGUAUAGAGUACAAAGGCUGCUACCUGCGGGAUCAUACAGCAUGGCUUGUUAUGGAAUAUUGUUUAGGAUCAGCUUCAGAUUUACUAGAAGUUCAUAAAAAGCCGUUGCAAGAAGUGGAAAUUGCUGCCAUCACCCAUGGUGCUCUCCGAGGAUUGGCCUACUUGCAUUCCCACAACCUGAUCCAUCGGGACAUCAAGGCAGGGAACAUUCUACUGACGGAACCCGGGCAGGUGAAGCUGGCUGAUUUUGGGUCGGCCUCCAUCGCUUCCCCUGCCAAUUCAUUUGUGGGGACCCCCUACUGGAUGGCCCCCGAAGUGAUCCUGGCCAUGGACGAAGGGCAGUACGACGGUAAAGUUGACGUGUGGUCUCUUGGGAUCACCUGCAUUGAAUUAGCGGAACGGAAGCCUCCGUUGUUUAACAUGAACGCCAUGAGUGCCUUAUAUCACAUAGCGCAGAAUGAAUCCCCCCUCCUCCAGUCCAGCGAGUGGUCUGAUUAUUUCCGAAACUUUGUAGAUUCCUGUCUCCAGAAAAUCCCCCAAGACAGACCAACGUCCGAGGAGCUCCUGAAGCACGUCUUUGUGGUUCGAGACCGCCCGGAAACCGUAUUAAUAGACCUAAUACAGAGAACCAAGGACGCCGUGAGAGAGCUGGACAACCUCCAGUACCGCAAAAUGAAGAAGCUCCUCUUCCAGGAGGCCCACAACGGACCAGCAGUGGAAGCCCAGGAGGAGGAAGAG